CGUUGAGAUCUUUUGUGCAAUAUGUAUAAAUAGAAGGGUUGUGCGUGCAGGCUUUUCCUCGUCUUACAGUAUAUUCUAGCCCGUCUCUAGUGCCCCCUCCGUUUCUUCUCUACGUUCUGUCUUUGAUCAUCUCAGCCCCAUAUCUGCGUCGCUCUCCAACCCCCGUCACACAUCAAUUGACCCCCAUCAAAGAAGAUCACAACCAUGUCGAGUCUCAACAUAUCUGGAUACGACAUCAGCGUACCGCUCGCGGUGACAUUUUCCAUCGUCUAUGCCGCUUUUUUCUGUAAGUUCUGGAAACGCUGCUCCUGGAUAAUUCUCGAACCUCACAUCUCACUUACGCAUCUCUCCACGUCGCCAAAACAGUACGCGUAGCAGCCUUCAUAACCCGCCUAAUAGUCAACACCAUGCCCUCCCUCAACCCCGACGGCACCCUCAACACCACCAAGAAGACCGUUUACAUUGUCGACUCAAUCCUCUACUCCGCCGGCUACUUCCUCCUCCAAAACACCACACUCGGCCUGCUCGACUCCCUCCUCCUCCGUCUGCAACACCACGGCAGCACCUUCGCCCUCCCCGAACGCGCCAUGCGGUGGUUCCAUAUCGCCAUCACAGCCGGCGCGGUGCUGAGUAUUUGGGGUGGGUUGAAGUUGGCGAAUGAUCCAUUGACGCAUGAGGAUAUGGAUACAUCACGGACGUAUCGGUUGAUUGGGGUUGCCGUUAUUGCGGUGGCGACCAUAUGCAUGGGUGGUGCAUCCAUCCAAGCAUCGACCGCCAAUCUGCCCUACGAUACCGCGCACCGCUCCGGCGGCCGAUUCCUUGCCAUCGUCUGCAUCUGCCUGCUCGUUCGCGUCGGCACGUCGUACUGGUUCAUCCAGAACCCCCAGAGGAUGUUUGAUGAGAAGGUGCUGUAUGGGCUUGCGAUUGCGAUGGAGAUGCCGGCGGCGGUGUUGUUGUCGAUAACGCCGUGUUUGGCGCUGUUCAUGAACAGGGCGGGGCCGCCGAUGUCGGAGACGGUGGGGAUGCAGCCGUAUGAGCCGUAUCAUCCGGUAGUUAAUCAGGCUGAGGGGGGUAAGGCGCAGAGCUGCGCAUAGUCUGCGGGAUGUGCAUGAUGCAGUGGUCGCUUCCCCUUCCAGCCGUAGAUGGACUUUCGUGUGUGUGUGUUUAAGUAGCUGAUUAGAACACAUUAAGAAUAAUAGGAUGAACGAUAUGCCAUGAGUCCUCUGAGAGCUUUCCAUUUGCGUCCUACGUUGAGCACUUUGCAUGAGAUGAGAGACGCUUGCCUUCGUCACGCUUUUCGCCCAAGCUCAGACAAGUCGAGGUUUCACUCCCGACGCAGCAUCCCACUCGCCCGUGAAGUCACAACCCGAGGGCAGCCUAAGU